ACAUGGGUCGAAGAGCAUUGCCUUAGACAAAAGAAGAACUGGUUUAAGGAAGUUCACACUGAAACACUUGGGUGGGGAGUAGAAACACGAACUCUGUUCCUUAGUCGCUUGGUUACACACAAAAUCUUCACACAGAUUUCAAGAUGAAAGCACUGCUUCUACUUGUGAUGAUGACAACUUGUGCUGCCAUAACACAAGAUCUUUCUGGGAAGAUGUUUACCUUCCCACUUGAAAGCAACAGAGCUCGUGUGAUAUUUAAUACAACAAAAACAGAUUUUAAUGCCGUAACUGUUUGCCACAGAUCCUUUACAGACCUCAAAAGAGACCACAUCCUAUUCUCUUUAGCCACACCCACUCAUUCCAAUGACUUCCUGAUUUUCUGGGAUAACACCAAUAAAGAAAUGGAGCCACACAUCAAGAACAAAAAAGCAGAAUUCGGAGGGCGUGACUACAAGCCAAACAUGUGGCACUCUGUCUGCACCACAUGGGAAGCUUCAUCUGGCCUGGUGCAGCUAUGGUUUGAUGGACAGCCCUCCGUUAGGAAAUUUACAAGCUCGGGAUUUAACAUCAGGGGACCUGUCAUAAUUAUGAUAGGCCAGGAGCAGGACAGUCAUGGUGGUGGUUUUGACAGCAAGCAGUCUUUCGUUGGCAUGAUGUCUGAUGUCUACAUGUGGGACUACGUCCUCUCUUCCUGUGAGAUCCAGAAUUAUGUGGAUGAUCGAAACUUCACACCGGGAAAUGUGCUGAACUGGAGGGCACUGGAUUAUCAGAUUAUUGACAAAGUGUUCCUAGAAAAUAAAAUAACUGUUUGUUACUAGCUUGUUAAAACAAACAUAUCAACAAAAAUACAAUUAAUAUUCAGUCACUAAUAUUAAUCUAUAAUGUUUUGAUUAUUUCUUUUUGAUUGCUUUGAGUUCAAACUGAACUUUCUAUUUUGCCAAAUAACAGUCAAUAAAAAAGUAACACACUUAAAAUUAUUUGCAUAAGGAAAAAAUUUAAUUUCU